CCUGCCAGCUGCUGUGCCGCGUGAAGGGUCUGGGCCCGAGUCCAGCCUGCCGCAGGCUACCCGCCCGGCCCGCCUCCCGGCCUCUGCUCCAGGCGGGCUCUGCCCAGGGGCGCCCUCCGAGCUGUAAGCACUCCUUUGGAAAGUGGAUGUCAACUGAAGACAAAGUAAAGAACUUAAGAUCAGAGGCUGCCUGGGAGUGGCCAGGAUUUUCUCGGAUCCCCAGGCCCUGGUAGGACAGCCCAGGUUUGCACUGUUUGGAGUACGUGUUCCUCUCUGUGCAGCUCAAUACUUGAAUAUCCACAAUGGCCAACGAAGCUAGUCCUUGUCCCUGUGACAUCGGCCAUAGGCUCGAGUAUGGAGGGAUGGGGUGUGAAGUUCAAGUUGAGCACGUCAAGGCAUAUGUCUGCAAAUCCCCCAUAGACAGCGGCAAAGCCGUGAUUGUCAUCCAUGAUAUAUACGGCUGGCAACUGCCAAAUACCAGAUAUAUGGCCGACAUGAUCGCAGCAAAUGGAUACACGACCGUCAUCCCAGACUUCUUCAUAGGGCAGCAGCCUUGGCAGCCCUCUUACGACUGGUCCUCCUUCCCCGAGUGGGUGAAAACCAGAAAUGCCAGGAAGAUUGAUAAAGAAGUGGACGUGGUCUUGAAGUAUCUGAAACAACAGUGUCGUGCCCAGAAAAUUGGCAUCGUGGGAUUCUGCUGGGGCGGCAUUGGUGUCCAUCAUGUGAUGACAAGAUACUUGGAACUCAGGGCAGGGGUGUCUGUCUACGGCAUUGUCAAGGAUUCUGAAGACGUAUACAGUUUAAAGAACCCCACAUUGUUUAUUUUUGCUGAAAAUGAUGCCGUGAUUCCUCUUGAGCAAGUUGCUUUGCUGACCCAGAAGUUGAAAGAACACUGCAAAGUUGAUUAUCAAGUUAAAACAUUUUCUGGACAAACCCACGGGUUUGUGCAUAGAAAGAGAGAAGAUUGUUCACCUGCAGACAAGCCCUAUGUUGAGGAGGCCAGAAGGAAUCUAAUUGAGUGGCUGAACAAGUAUGUUUAGCAUUGGCCAAGCACAAACUUUCUCAAAAGAGCUUUCAUUUAAAAAUUUGCUUCUAAAUACUUAGAUUGUCUGAUUUAAUUUUCACUUUAUGUAAAAUAGAUCAAAGAAUCCUGAAAUCCAUUAUUUCAUCUGAAACACAAAUUCACUAGGAAAUGAUCAUGUAUGAAAUGAUUUAAAUUCAUUUUUAACAUGUACAUAAAAUUAAAAAUAAAUUAAUUGGUUGGUACUUGGAGAAGGUGAAUGAGAGAAUAAUAUCAGAAUUAGCAGUAAAAACCUUCCUGACAGCCUGGGAGGCUGCCUGGCCUCCUGGCCUUCCUGAUCUUUACUUGAAUGACUCUUUUAAAAUAAUGCAGCAAAGCCCCGAAGAACAUGAACUGCAAACUCAGGUUGAUUGAAAGCCCCACUUAAUUAGACACUUACCUUUUGUGUUAAUAGAGCUGAAUUUGUCAUGUUCAUAUAUUGCAAUGUGAGAAGUAUUGAGAUUAAAAUAGGGUGCCAUUGACCUAAUUGUGUUAAACCAAUAAACUUAUUUUUUGAAUUUUGGAA